AUUGAACGUGUGGUGUUAGUGUUACAUUUUUUGAACUUCGCAAUAAAUUUACAUCGUAUCUUCUGUCUCAAUAAAAAAAUGGCGAGUACAGCUAUUGUUGCUGGUGUUGGCAUUGCCAUUGUAGGCUUUGGGGGUCGUUACAUUGUUAGAUCCAUGCCAACUCUGUCUAAAAAGAUGUCUGAGGCUCUCAAAUCACUUCCUAAGCUGGACUCCCAGUCACUAGCUAAUAGUAAAUACCACAAGGGUGGAUUUGAGCCGACAAUGACGAAAAGGGAAGCCAGUCUCAUCCUGGGUGUCUCCCCCACAGCCAACAAGGCAAAAAUCAAAGAACAAUUCAAAAAAGUAAUGUCUGCCAAUCAUCCUGACAGAGGGGGAUCCCCCUACAUAGCUGCCAAAGUAAACGAGGCGAAGGAUAUGCUGGAGAAGUAAUGUCAUUGGAUGUUCGUUGUACAUAAUUAGGAAAACUACUGACAUGUAAAUAAUUGACGUUAAUACACUGCAUCAGAUUAUUUUCAAAUAUAAAUUAUUAUUAAAUCGGUAGCAAUAAACUGAAGCCUCAUAUCAAUUGGCAAAAUGUU